AAAGACAUUGCUUGUCCUGCGGCUUAGUACCCACUGUAAGCACAAAUGACCCUGACACUGUUGCCUAUGUGCAGGACCCCCCAGCGUUCAUCGGUACAGCAUUUGGGACUUUGGAUGGAAUUUUUGCACGUAAGACGAUUAAGCCUGAAGAGUAUGUGGCUUUCGUUCCUGCGGAGCUACUUACACUAUACCCUGCUUGGCAAGCUGACUUUGACUUGUCUCCCGUGCUAUUCUCCGUACGGACCGGUAUCGUGAUGUGGGAUCUGCAAGUGCGAAUGGUGAAAGACCCAAAGGCAGCAGAUAUCUCUACAAUCAUGAGAGAUAGGUGUAUUUAAAAUAUCCGUCACUAGAUGGAGGAAAUAUUUGGCAUUCAAAUAAAUCAAACGCGCAACACUCCACAACUCUUCUUCACCAACUUCAUUGAUACAAUUGACGAAAAUGCCUGUCGAAACAAGAACAACAACCUCACACUCCAUACCACGAACAAGUGGAGAGAAGUUCAGCGAGGCCGAAUUAGAGAAGACCUCCCCAAUCCAAGAUGCGGCCGCAGAAGAGCAUCCUACUGGUGCGAGCCUAGCCAUAAUCACAAUCGGCCUAUUCCUUGCGGUUUUGUGCUUCGGACUUGAUCGCUCGAUCUUGGGAACCGCAAUCCCGGUAAUCACAUCCGAAUUCGAGUCUCUGCCGGAUGUAGCGUGGUACGGCUCCGCCUACCUCUUCACGAUGUGUUCGUUCCAGCUCUUCUUCGGUAAAUUGUACGCCGAGUUCAACGCUAAAUGGGUCUUCCUUGUUGCUCUCUUCAUCUUCGAGGUGGGUUCCAUUGUCUGCGCCGUGGCUCCGAGCUCCGUUGUGCUCAUUAUCGGCCGAGCCAUCUCCGGAGUCGGUGCAGCCGGACUCAUGUCGGGCGCUCUCAUUAUCUUGGCUAGAAGCGUGCCUCUCCACCGACGCCCGCAGUUCACCGCGGCAGUCGGCGCAGCGGGCGGAAUCUCUCAGUGCAUAGCGCCGACUCUUGGUGGUGUCUUUGUUGAUAAGGCCACUUGGAGAUGGUGCUUCUGGAUCAAUCUUCCUCUCGGCGGUGUCACCUUUCUGGUUGUUCUCUUUCUCCUGAAGCUGCCGGCGCCGCCGAAGAAGGAGACACAAAGCGUGCGAGAGUUUAUUUCAAACUUUGACUUGGUUGGAACAUUGCUUAUUAUUCCUUGGAUCAUUUGUCUCCUCCUCGCUCUGCAGUGGGGCGGAACUGAAUAUCCCUGGAGCACCUGGCGCAUUGUCCUGUGCUGGUGCCUCUUUGCGGUCUGCUUCCUCUCCUGGGCGUUUGUCCAAUACCGUGAGGGCGACAAAGCCACCGUCCCGUUCCGCAUCCUCUUUCAGAGGUCGAUGGCUUGUGCUUGCUGGCUGAUGCUUCUUUUAUUCUCCCUCCUCUUCAUCGAAGUCUACUAUAUCCCUAUCUGGUUGCAGGCUGUCAAGAACCACUCCGCCUAUCAGAGUGGUAUCGACUUGUUGGCAUCAUCGGUUUCCUUGUCGGUGGCGACAAUUCUUUCUGGAUUCCUGACAAGUCACAUCGGAUACUACGUUCCGCAACUCAUCGCCUCAUCUGUUAUCACCUCUGUUGGAACGGGGUUAAUCUACUCGUUCAACGAAAACACGAAUUCAGGCUUUUGGAUUGCCUCACUCAUCGUUCUAGGAGUAGGCGUGGGUCUGGGCGGGCAACAAACGUUGAUAGCAGUUCAGACUGUGUUCCAAGGUCGUGACGUAGCCCUGGCAACGUCUCUCUUGAUCUUCUUGCAAAGUCUUGGCGGUACCGUAUUUUUGGCCGUCGCUCAGAACAUCUUCCACUCGCGACUUAUCUUCGAGUUGAACCGAAACGUCCCUAACGUAGACCCGGCAGUCGUCAUUGAUUCGGGCGGUUCCGGACUGGUGGAGUCGAUGCGGAGGAUCUACCCGGAUUCGGUCGACGGCAUCGUCGGAGCCUACAACAAGGCUCUCCAGAACGUGUUUCUGAUUGCCACCGUCCUCGGAUGUUUGACGUUCUUCGGGUGUGUUUUUAUUGAGUGGAAGAGCGUUAAGAAGGAUAAGCCGAAGAAGGAAGGCCAGACUCAGGGUCAGACGAAAAGGGACGGAGACGCGGAGAAAUAGAGCUAUCCAAUCCGGAACUGUCGGUAGCAAAUAAGAAUGUGUUCAUACUUUACAUAAUGUGGCUGCAAGUUGGAAAGAAUUGCGAAGGAAUUCUUACAGGCAGUGGAGAGUGGGCAAGGU